AUGACGACCAAUGGCAACGCCAAUGGUACACCUCAGGGCAUCAAGGCGGCUCGCAUAGCGAUUAUUGGUGCCGGUGUCGGCGGUCUUGUGACAGCUUUACAUCUUCACGCCCACGGCUUCACGAACAUCAUCCUUUUCGAAGCCGCUACUAAAGUCACGAGUCUAGGCGUCGGCAUCAAUGUCCAGCCUCAUGCCGUUCUCAUCCUUCGUGACCUGGGGUUACUCCCUGCUUUGCAGAGUACUGGUGUCGAGACCCGCGAACUGAACUACUACGAUCAGUAUGGCAACCCCAUCAUCUCUGAACCGCGAGGCAAGUUCGCUGGCUACAAAGUCCCACAAUUUAGUAUCCACCGUGGACACCUGCAACUCUUGCUCCUGGAAGCCGUGAAGGAGAGAUUAGGGGAAGCCAGCGUCAAGCUCAAUCAUUCCCUCGAACGCUACGAUCGCGAAUCCACGGCCGGCCACGAAACCAUCAACCUCCACUUCAUCCAACGGAAAACCCACGAACCAGCAACCACCUCGACAUCCUCAGCAGACAUAACAAUAGCAGCCGACGGCAUCAACUCCACCAUCCGCCGCCUUCUAUACCCAGCCGAAGGGCCCCCCAACUUUUCUGGCCGGAUCCUCUGGCGCAGAUGUCUAGAACGGGAACCCUACCUCACAGGCGCUAGUAUGGUCUGGUCUGGCCAUGCGAACCAGAAAUUCAUCGCGUACCCUAUCAGUCCUGUCUCCACCUCCACUAAUCCAUCCGGCGAAGGGGCGAAGGAGGGAAAUACGUUGGUGAAUUGGAUUGCCGAGUUACGGGUCAGAGACGAGAACGACCCCGAUACCACACCGCCUGAGAAACCCGACUGGACGAUCUCGGUCCCUAAAGAGAAAUUCGCCGGAGCGUUCAAGAGCUGGACAUUCGGGUUCUUGAACGUCCCGGACUUGGUAGAGAAGACGGAGAAAGUGUAUGAAUUCCCCAUGUGCGACCGCACGCCGGUGGAGAGGUGGAGUUUCGGGCAUUUGACUUUGUUGGGGGAUGCGGCGCAUCCUAUGUAUCCGAUCGGGUCGAAUGGGGCGAGUCAGGCUAUCAUGGAUGCGGCGGGGCUGACCAAGUAUUUGCUGCUCUGUGAGCAAGUUGGUGGGGUUGAGGAGGCGUUGAUGCGGUAUCAGGAUGAGAGGUUGCCUGCAACUGCUAGGAUUGUGAUGGCUAAUAGAGGGAAUGGUCCCGAUCAUGUUAUGCAAAUUGCGUACGAACGUGCACCAGAGGGGUUCAAACACAUCAACGACAUCAUAUCUCAAGAUGAGUUGGAAAGUAUCGGCGCCGUGUACAAGAAUAUCGCCGGGUUCGAGGUCGAGAAGGUGAAUGCUAUGGCUGAGUUGUCCGAAGGUACUGCCGAGCGACUCGGUCUGACAUCACCCAAGGCCUGGACGGCGAAGAAAGUCGAUGGGGUAGUGCCUAAUGGUGUGGAUAGUGAUGUGGUGAAAGGAGGGAAGAGUGUAGGGACGCAGAUUGGAAUCAAUUGGACUGCUGUGGCGGAUCCAUGA